CAUCUAUACUAUGGAAUUGAAUUCCCUUCUUAUCUUGUUAGUGUUAGUGAAGAAAGUUUCAGAAAAGAAAGUUUCCUUGCUAUCAUUUUUUUAGAUCACCUUGCUGACAAAUAUUGUUGUACAUCAUUGCUCCAUAUAUACAUUUCAGGUGCUUUUGAAAAUGGAGGACAUUUUCGACAGUUCAUGACCUAAACAUCUCAAAGGUAUUGUUGACUGGAAAAAUGCAGAUCACCGGAGAUCUGUCACUGCUAGCUUGGUUCAAGGAGUAUACGUCCUAGAAACGGACCGCCAAAGGAAAAUGAUAAUCAGCAAAAAUUCCAAAAAUUAUGCUCAACCCUGGUGGGACUCCUUCAAUUUCCAAUUACAUAAAUAUCUACCAGAAGAUGAUGGGUGCAUAUUCGGUGCCAUUUACGAAUACAUUAAUGGCAAAUGCCCAGCCCCAGCCGAUUCAAACGUCCCAAGAUAUGUUAUUGCCUUUCGGGGCACACACCUCGGGCUAGCCACAGCGGUUAAGGACGUCAUGCUAGACGUGAAUUGCUUCUUUAACGAACUUCAAGAGUCCCCUCGCUCUCUACUCGCAAUGCGGUUUGUUAACGAGUUUGUUAAUAAAAAUGGAAGUUCAAAUGUAUGGUUGGCUGGACACUCUCUGGGGUCAGCUAUAGCAUUAAUCGUUGGAAGGAACAUGAUGUUAAAGAAGAAUUGUUCUCUUGAAGCCUAUCUUUUUAAUCCACCAUACGCAUCUUUCCACAUAGAGAAUUUUUGUACUAGUAUGGACGAAGACGUGAAGUACCUGGUCCGCACUGUACGCGGUAUAUUCAAGAAAGCCCUCGCCAUUGCUGUAGAAGCUCGAAUUAAUCCUCAAAUGAAGGAGCAGAAGACUGACACUUUAUAUUUGUUAUCACGCUGGACUCCUCACCUGUUUGUGAACCCGGGUGAUUUUUUUUGCUCAGAAUAUAUUGCACACUUCAAAGACAGGCGUGAAACAGCUCCAGGAACGAAGACGCCCAGCUUAGCAAAGAGCUGUACUACGAAAGAUCUAUUCAGACAUGCAAUGGGCCGGGGAGAUUUAAAAGAUGCAAUGCAUCUCCUUCCUUCCGCAGUUCUAAUUGUCAAUCAAUCUCGCCCACAUGAAAAACCUGCUGCUAUUGAUUUAAUAAAUAAUUUUCUUGACGCUCAUGUUCUUUGCCAAUGGUGGGAUCGUGAAGUUCGCUGCCAAUCAACUCGAUAUGUGUAUCCAUAACGUCCUACCAGGAGUUCUUAAUCAAACAUGCAUGUUGCAUGCACCAGCGUCUUUUGUAAUCCUGUAUUGAAUAAGGCGGUCCGAGUGUGUACGGUUAAUGGACCCAAAAGAUUACCCAAAAAAUAAGUGGCGAGUGUGGUUGGCCCAAGUGUGUACUAAUGAAUAAUAAUAUUGAUAGAGCCCUCUGAUCUCUGUUCACAUGAGUUGGUUCU